UGAAUUUUUAUAUGGAACCGGUAGUUGACUCCAAGUUGGGAAUUGCAACUGUUUCGAAGAUGCUUAAAACAUAAAAUAAGUAAAAUUGAGUGAAAAAAAAUUAACGGGAAAAACUGGGUCAUCCAGAUCCCCAGGUCAGCAGACUGUACCGUCCGUGACCUGAUAUCCGAGCAUGCCUGACACGCGUGCUACCCACAAAUAAACAAGACGCUGAACACGCACGUACUCGCGUGUAAUUUAGGUUGGUGACUUCGUAAAGCACAACGUCAACGCUAUGAUUUACAACAGGUACCAGACGGCUAAAUGACAGGCAUUUAGGCUUCACUCAAAAGAUGUUCGGCUGUUGCAAUAUUGCAAAUUUCGACAGUUUGCUCGGUAAUUUUCAGGAUUCCGUGCUUGUGUGAAGUCUUAGUGUCUGCACCCAGUGUUAUUCAAUCAGGAGAAGACCUUCGCUUCUUGACUUUCGCCGCGGAGAGACCGGUUACGCUCGUGCAAGAUCAUGGACGUACACGUUGACACGGGAGAGAAGUCGUUGGACGAGAAAAUAAAACAGUGGUUGGAAUGGGACAAGAACAUGGCCACGAGACAGGAAGUUGUAGAACUCGUCAGCAACCACAGUACAAAGGUACUCCACGAGAGAUUUGAUACCAGAAUUGCAUUUGGAACUGCAGGUCUGAGAGCGGCCAUGGAGGCUGGGCCUGCCAGAAUAAACGACCUGACCAUUAUCCAAACCGGCCAGGGGCUGGUCCGCUACCUGGAGUCAGUUAACCCAGAGUGCAAGUCACAAGGUGUUAUCAUCGGCUAUGAUGCCAGGCAUUGCAGCAGAAGAUAUGCUGAUCUGACCGCAGCCAUAAUGCUGCAGGCUGGACUGCCGGUCUUCCUGUUCUCAAAGAUAGUCCCCACACCGUUUGUUGCUUACGCGAUCAAGAAAUUGGGAGCAGCUGCAGGGGUGAUGGUCACACCCUCCCACAAUCCUAGAGGUGAUAACGGCUAUAAAGUCUACUGGGGGAACGGUGCCCAGAUCAUUCCUCCGCAUGACUCGGGAAUCGCCAAACAGAUCAAGGCUAAUCUAGAACCGUGGCAGACAUCGUGGGAUACGUCCAUCGUGGAGACCAGCCCCAUGAAGAAGGAUCCGCUGGAUGAGAUUAUGCAGGUCUAUCUGGAAGACAUGCAGAAUAAGAUAUAUGACAGAGAGCUGAAUGUGAACUGUCCUGUGCGAAUCACCUACACAGCCAUGCAUGGAGUGGGCACUGAGUACGUCAAGAGGGCAGUAGAAGCUAUCGGUCUACCCCCAAUCAUCGACGUGGUGGAACAGAACACUCCCGACCCAGACUUCCCGACAGUCAAGUACCCGAACCCAGAGGAAGGCAAGAGCGCCCUCGACCUGUCCAUUCAGACAGCCAACGAGAACGACAGCAGCAUCAUCUUCGCCAACGACCCGGAUGCGGACCGGUUUGCCCUGGCAGAGAAACAACCGGGUGGGAACUGGAAGAUUUUCACCGGCAAUGAGGUGGGGGCUCUGCUGGGCUGGUGGACGUGGGUCUGCUAUCAGAAGGUGCAUCCGGACACUCAGAAUGAUGGAAUAUACUCGGAUGUGUACAUGCUUGCCAGUACAGUCUCAUCCAAGAUUCUGAGGUCUAUCGGUAACAAGGAGGGCUUCCAGUUUAUGGAGACGUUGACAGGAUUCAAGUGGAUGGGCAACAAGGCUGAUGAGCUGGUCAAGCAAGGAAAGACGGUGCUCUUUGCAUUUGAAGAGGCUAUCGGUUUCAUGUGUGGCACAGAAGUGAUUGACAAGGAUGGUGUGAGUGCUGUCGCGAUGGCAGGCCAGCUGGCCGCUUACCUGGCAUCCACAAGCACAACCUUCACAGAGAAACUGCAGGAAAUAUACCAAACAUAUGGGUUCCACUGUUCCAAUAACUCCUACUACUUGUGCUUUAAACCCGCCACCAUGAAGAAUAUCUUUGAGAGAAUAAGGACACUUGAUGACGGAGAGUACCCAAGCUCCUGUGGUCCUUACAAGAUCACCGGUAUCAGAGAUCUCACAACGGGAUAUGACAACAAUCAACCCGAUAACAAAGCUAUGUUGCCAGUAAGUUCCUCCAGCCAAAUGAUAACGUUUAACUUUGCCAACGGCUGUGUAGCCACCCUCAGAGCCAGCGGCACAGAACCAAAGAUCAAAUAUUACACCGAGAUCUGCACUGAACCAUCAGGUGAUCCAGAGAAAGCCAAAGCUGAACUACAAAACCUCCUUGACAACAUCGUGGACCUCUGGCUUCAACCAGAAAUCAACCAAUUGGUACCCAAAGAAUGAACCGCAGAACUCUUUAUGUACAUAACACAUGUGUACAUAAAUUUGCAAAGUAUCUAUGAGGUAAUGCCUCAUUUUUUUUUGGUCUUUUUUUUUUUUAAAGAUGGUA